AUGCCGCCCCAAGGAAAAUAUUAUCUUGUUGAUUCUGGCUAUACAAACAUGCUUGGUUUUCUUUCACCAUAUCGAGGAGAAAGGUAUCAUUUGGGCCAGUACACAGAUCUUAAUCCCAUAGGCAAAAAAGAGCUUUUCAAUUAUCGACACUCUUCCUUGAGAAAUGUCAUUGAGCGGUGUUCCGGCGUGUUGAAGGCUCGCUUUCCAAUCCUAAAACAAAUGCCUUCAUAUGAUCUAAGAAUACAAAAGUACAUUAUCAUUGCUUGCUGCGAGAUUCACAAUUUUAUAAGGACAAAUGCAGAAGCAGAUGUAUAUUUUGAUGGAGGUGAAGGAAAUUCUGAAGUACAGGCCACUACUUUACAAAGCGCGGAUGGAACUUUGAUUGAUAGUGUAGAGUUCAGUAUUUCUAGAACUCAUAUACGGGAAAUGGCUCAUGUUCGUGAUGAAAUUGCUGAUCAUAUAUGGAGAGCUAGUCGACGAUAG